GAAUCCGUGGAGCCGAACACCCCAUUCUUACCGUGUGUGCGUCAACGUGCCGUCUCUGCCGCUGCUCGGGACAAAACCGCACGCCGCUGCUUUCAUUUUCCAGAGCUCGAGACUGCACGAGCUGGAGGGGGAGCUCGCGCUUUUUGCUGCAAGGGAUAUCACCCCUGAUGGACUUCAUAUAGGACAAGAAUACACCAUUUUUAAAAUCUGAGAAUUACCACGUAUAGUAGUUACAAGUGCCGUUUUGUGGGGGGGAAACAACUUGUAAAUCCUAACCGAUCUCACCGCCGCCGGUUUUAAUGUGUUUCAUGUGUUUGCGCUCAACAGUGAGGUAGACGGACACGUUUUACGCAAGUGUCGGGUUGUGAUUUACCCCCGUGGAUGCGGCUGUCGGGGUCGGUGUCUGAGCCCUGCAGGAUCCGCCUGUCAUAGGGCAUCAUUAUUGCUGUGGCGCUUCACAAGUGGAUGAGGAAUAUUUCACCGGAGAUGCUGCUGUUGGUGCAGAUAUUGUGGUUUUUACCCCUGACCGGAGCGGCUCCUUCUCUGACUAACGAGCAGCUGGACACUGGGGUGGACUGGCUGAGCAAGUUUGGCUACCUCCCGCCCCCUGACCCAGUGACUGGUCAGCUUCAGACCAAGGAGGCCCUGACCAAUGCCAUCAAAGCCAUGCAGAAGUACGGAGGGCUGAAGGAGACCGGAGUCUUAGACCAAGCCACGCUGGGCCUAAUGACAACGCCCAGAUGUUCUUUACCAGAUGUCUCUGGGGCCGAGGUGACAGUGGGCCGCAGGAAACGAAGCCCGACUCCCCAGAACAAAUGGAACAAGAGACAUCUGUCCUGGAGAGUGAGGACCUUCCCUAAGGAUUCGGCCGUACUGGGCAGGGACACUGUCCGGGCCCUGAUGUACUACGCCCUGAAGGUCUGGAGUGACAUCGCACCGCUCAACUUCCAUGAAGUGGCCGGCAGCGAUGCAGACAUUCAGAUCGACUUCACUAAGGCCGACCACGACGAUGGAUAUCCCUUUGACGGGCCAGGGGGCACGGUGGCGCAUGCAUUUUUCCCCGGAGAGAGGUUCACAGCUGGGGAUACACACUUCGAUGACGACGAGGCCUGGACCUUCAGAUCUCCAGGUGAUGAAGACUCUCAUGGGAUGGAUCUGUUUGCGGUUGCGGUCCACGAGUUUGGUCACGCCAUCGGCCUGGUCCACACCUCAGCCAUAGAGUCCAUCAUGAGGCCGUACUACCAGGGUCCUGUAGGCGACCCGCUGAAAUACGACCUACCCUACGAAGACAAGGUCCGCGUCUGGCAGCUCUACGGUGUCAGAGACUCGGUGUCCCACACAAACCGACCAGCCAACCCCUCCCAGACGGCUGAACCUCCCGUCCUGCUGGACCUUCCUGAGAACAGAUCCACCUUCCUGCUGGCUCGAGAUGCCCCAGACAGAUGCACCAGUCACUUUGAUGCAGUGGCCCAGAUACGAGGGGAGGCCUUCUUUUUCAAAGGAAAGUACUUCUGGCGACUGACAAGAGAGAAGCACCUGGUGUCUCUGCGUCCCGCUCAGAUCCACCGAUUCUGGAGGGGCCUCCCAACCAAUCUGGACAGUGUGGAUGCUGUAUAUGAGAGGCCUGGGGACCACAAAAUAGUCUUCUUCAAAGGUCUAAAGUACUGGGUAUUUAAAGACAAUAACGUGGAGGAGGGUUACCCUCGUCCAAUCAGUGACUUCGGCCUGCCCUUGGAAGCAGUGGAUGCAGCCUUUGUUUGGUUACACAACGAGAAAACCUACUUCUUCAAGGACAACCAUUACUGGCGCUACGACGACCACCUGAGACGUAUGGACCAGGGCUACCCUAAAGACAGCACGCUCUGGAAGGGGCUGCCGCCACAACUAGAUGACGUCAUGAGGUGGUCUGAUGGCUCAUCCUAUUUCUUCAAGGGGAAGGAGUACUGGCGAGUGCCGAGCAGCGACAUGGAGGCGGAGGCCGGAUACCCCCGCCUCAUCGCUACAGACUGGCUGCUGUGCACCGAGAUGCAGUCGGACUCUCCGGACACGGAGCCCAAAAGCACGGAGACGAGAGUCAACGUGCACCAUCAGCCGGACCACGCGGAGAACGGAUACGAGGUGUGCUCCUGCACCUCUGACACCGCCUCGCCUUUCGGAGCGCGCCCCUCCUGCUCCCCCCUGUGGCUGCUGCCACCUCUCUGGACGCUCUCGCUGGCCCUCCGCUCAGAACCGCUAUGAUGCCAAAGCACGGGACGAAAAUCAGCAUGAGCUGAUGAGUGAAGGGCCAGUAGCCAGCUCAGUGGAAGCAUCUUCUUACGAUAUCUUUGGUAUCCUUUUGUGCUUAUUUUGUUAUUUAUUUUACAGGUCAUUUGGUGGGCACUGAAGUAGUCAUCAACCCGCACAUGCUUUACAAAGUGUUUUACUGAACGGUCAAACUGCCUCAUAUGUGGAAGGAAAAAUAUUACAGGUUAUAGAACUGUUUUGCAAAUGCACCAAGCGUAAUUGUUUGUCUUCAUGUGUAGCAGGUUUACAGCUGCAAUGCCUCAUAUACAGACAAGUUAAACGUCCUAGGAUUUAGGCAGGUGCAAAGGUGAACAGCGUACCAACACACACACACACACACACUGUUGCCUAUUUUAUGAAAUUAAAGCAGAUGCUUUAUUACAAGGUACAGUUAACCAAUAUUAGUUAAAAACUUAACAUAUUGUUAGCAUUUUUUUAUGACGCUAUUAUUUAAUUCUGCUGUGCACUUGCCCUGUGAAUAGUAUGAAUAAUAAUAAAGUUAAUCUUGAAUUUUGAAAAUUAACUCCAAAUCCUAUUUUCACACACCUCUAGUAGUAACUAGCCAUACAGAUGGUUUGACUAUUAUGUAAUAGGUUCUGCCUCCAUCUCAAUAAGGAGGUGAAAGAAUAUAUUUGUGCAGUUCACCACUGAAAACAUUACAUCUGGAAAAACUACAGUGUAUCUUUUGCAAAAACAAUAUCAGUGUUACUCUGGAUGAUCCACAGGAACUCAUCGCGAUGAAUUCCUCCUUUGAAACUAGUUCCAACGAAAAAUAGUUUAAAACUAAGUCUGUGGAUUUUCCAGAGUAACUUUAAUUGGAAGUUAUACACGUAAUGUUUGUUUGCUUUGCUGUAUGCACCACUAACAUUCAGUUUGCAAACUUUUUUUUACUGUGAGAAGCCUUGAGGAUAGUUGGAUGUGUAGGUGGAUGGACUCUGUCAGCACCAGUUUCCUUCUCUCGACUGUACUCUGAAGUGAGGAACUGCUGCUCAUGUACGUAUUCCAAUGGUUUGAUCAUUCCCACCUCUGGUUCAGAAGCAUUCCCUGUUCUUGGUUUAGUUGCAUCUUUUGUAUCAAAUUCGGAUGAGAUAAUCCUGUUUAUUUAACAUUGCUUUGACCAGGCCUUUAGUUUAUAGAGACUUUGUUGGACUGUCGGCCGAUGUAUCACCCCUAGCUCCUUCUGAAUAAGUAACAACUUGGUCCCUGGAAUUUAUUCUUGCUGUAAAGAUAUAUUUACCUAUAGACUGAUAUAUGUGAGUUGAAGGGUUCUGCAGUUAUUGCAUAACCGAGUGGACUGUGUAUAUUUUAAGCUGUGUUUUAUAAUGUAAAAAUAUUUUUCUAGAAAAAUUAAAAAAAACAUCUGAAUGACUUUA